ACUUAUUGGAGUAAAAGGCAAAUACUCCAAGUUAAACCAUAACAUUCAAAUUUGAACCAACGGACAAACGAAAUUCAGCUCUGUUUCCUGCUGCUGCUUUUUUUCAUGUGUUCUUUGCCUAGCUCUUUUAUGAAGGAGAAAACACUAACAUGGAUUCAAGGUAGAAGGCUUCUAAUUGAAAACUGAUGUAGAGUACAGGUAAAUGGGUAACCCUUCACCAGUUUCUCUUCUCGAUUCAUGCACUGCUAUCAAACAAGCACUCCAAACCCAUGCUCAGAUUAUUGUCAAUGGCUCUCAUAAAGACAUUUACCCUCUUAGUAGACUCAUUUCCUUCUUUUCGCUCUCGGGUACGCCCAUUGGCCUCGAUUAUUCUCGUUGUCUUUUUAAGCAAAUUGAUAAACCAAAUGUUUUCAUUUGGAAUACCAUGAUUCGAGGUCACUCUCGUAGUGAAUCCCCUCAAGAGUCUGUCUAUUUUUUCAAAUCUAUGAUCGCCCAAGGUUUUGUUUCUCCUAAUAACUUCACUUUCCCGUUUUUGAUCAACUCUUGUGCGAAGGCAUCGAGUAUUAAAUCAGGGCAAGGGAUACAUUCAUACAUAAUAAAGACUGGGUUUGAAUCAAAUCUUUUUAUUAAGAAUUCUCUGAUUGCAUUCUACUCGACUGUGGAUAAACUAGACUAUGCCCGCCAGCUACUUGAUGAAAGUUGUAACAGAGAUCUUGUUUCAUUCAACACAAUGAUCAAUGGGUAUGCAAGAGGUGGUCGACCUAAUGAAGCUUUGCGUCUUUUUAAUGAAAUGAGGGGCUCUGGUAUUCAUCCUGAUGAGUACACGAUAGUUGCGUUACUUUCUGCUUGCUCGUCGGUGGGUGAUCAGAAGAUUAGCAAGCAGAUUCAUUCGCUGGCGUACAAGAACUUGAAUUUCAAUGAGACUAGUGUUCUAUUGAAGACUGCUCUUGUUGAUAUGUAUGCUAAGUGUGGAUUGAUGGAAAUGGCACAUUUGGUUUUCAGUAAAAUGGGAAUGCGUAAAAGCAUUGAAGCUUGGAGUGCUAUGAUAUCAGGUUAUGUGAGGUCUGGAGAACUUGAUAUGGCACAGGAACUCUUUAAUCAGAUGGAAGAAAGAGACUUAGUUUGUUGGACAGCCAUGAUUAGCGGUUACUGUCAGAUGGGGAAGUACAAGGAGGCAUUAGAACUUUUCAAAGAAAUGGAAAAGUUUGGCAUAAAACCAGAUAAAGUGACCUUAGCUACUGUAAUCUCGGCCUGUGCGAGGUUGGGUGCUUUGGAUUUUGGGAAAAAGCUUCAUCAACAGUGCAUAGAAUCAGAGUUCUUUAAUUUUAACCCCAUAGUCAUAACAGCUAUCAUAGAUAUGUAUGGGAAGUGUGGAAGCAUAGAAACUGCAGUCAAUAUUUUCCAGGAAGUUCCACGGAAAUCAAGAACUGUUUUUCUCUUCAAUGCCAUCAUCUCAGGUCUUGCUCAGCAUGGCCUUGGAAAUACAGCAAUAGACAUUUUCCUGGAGAUGGAGUCGGAUGGUUUGAGACCUGAUGAGAUUACGUUUAUAGCAAUUUUAAGUGCUUGUAGUCACACAGGUCUAAUUGAAGAGGGAACGAAGUUGUUUGACUCAAUGCUUAUGGUCCAUGGUAUCACACCAGAAAAUGAACAUUAUUGCUGCAUGGUUGAUCUGUUUGGAAGAAGUGGGCGUUUGAAGGAGGCUUAUGAAUUUGUCCAGAAAAUGCCGACUGAUAACGAUCCUAUAAUAUGGAGGUCUUUUAUGGGUGCUUGUAGAAUUCAUGGGAAUGUUGAAAUGGGUGAGAUUGCAGGCAAAAGACUUCUCGAAUUAGAUCCUGAUCAUGGAGCCCGUUAUGUUCUCUUAUUUAACAUGUUUAGCAAUGCGAAUCGAUGGGAAGAUGCAAGAACAGUGAGGAAGGUUAUGGAUGAGAGAGGAAUCCAGAAGCCACCUGGUUGGAGUUAUAUUGAACUGAAUGGUACACUACACCAAUUUGUGGCAAGUGAUAAAUCACACCCACAAAGGAAAGAGAUUGAGCUGACACUGGAGAAGGUAACCAAGAGAUUAAAAUCGGCUGGGUAUGUCCCAGAUACAGCCCGUGUUUUGUUCGAUAUAGAUGAUGAAGAAAAAGAAACUGUCAUUUCUUAUCACAGUGAAAAACUGGCUUUGGCAUUUGGGUUGAUCAAUUUGGGUCCUGAAGCCACUAUUCGGAUAGUGAAGAAUCUUAGAAUAUGUGGGGAUUGUCACGCUGCAUUUAAGAUUUUCUCCGACGUUUAUUGUAGAGAAAUUAUCGUGAGGGAUACAAUCAGAUUUCAUCAUUUUACAAAUGGGAUUUGCUCCUGUAAAGAUUAUUGGUGAGAGGAACCAUAAAGUAAUAUUUGACCUUUCAGCUUAAUGCAUCACUG